AGUAUCUAAGUAAUUGAUUUGGUAUACUUGUUGCUCCUAUUUCACUGAUACAUUUGGAUCUAAUCGAAACUAUUCGGUUGAUUCCUUUUACAAGAAGCUCAAUGCACCUCAACCCCAUUCCUCUCUGAAAUUGAAAGAAAAAAGCAACUCAAGCUCUACAUACCCAUUGACCCAGCCCCGCCGCCCGCACACCGCAGCCACUCCAACUACCGCAGCCACCUCAAUUUUGGUGUAUGUUCAUUUUUGGGAGAUGGAGCCAUCGGAUAGCGACUUUUUUGCAAUAGACUCCGAUGAGGAGUUCCUAACAGGAGACGAUCUAGAUUUUUUAAACAACGAUUCAGAGGCUGAUGAAGAUAGACCUCAAGAUAAGAGAAUAGCAGAGCUGUCACGAGAAGAUAUCAUGCAACUUCAGUUUACAGAUGAGGAAGCUGUUUAUCGAUUCUACAAGACUUAUGCAAUGAUGCACAGUUUUGCUGUGAGGUUGGAUGAAGUCAGACACGAUAGCGAUGGUUCCAUAAUUAUGCGCCAAAUUGUUUGCAAUCGGGCGGGCAUAAGAAAUGAAGAGGUUGAAAAGGACGAAAGAAUCAGGGACCACCGACCCCUAACUCGAAGUUAUUUCUGGGCGAGAAUUCGUGCAAGACUGGAUAAAAAAAUUCAGAAAUGGAAGGUUGUUUCUUUCUACGAAGAGCGCUCUCAUGAAUUAGUUGCUCCACUCGACGUUAGCAUGAUGCCUGAGUAUCGCACAUUCAAUAUCUCAGAUAAAGCUCAGGCAAAGAAUUUGUACGACAUAGGCAUCAGACCUGUCACAUCUUGGGAUACUUGGCUGCUCAAAAAGGUGGAUAUGCAAACUUAUCAUUCAACCAAAAAGAUAUGUACAACCUCAUUACUCAACAUAGGAAGGAAAAGGUGAAAGGUGGUGAUGCAAAUGCUGCAAUAAGCUACCUGAGAGGUAAAGCUGGGAAUGAUUCUUAUUUCUUUGGCAAGUACACUUUAAGUAAUAAGAAUCGAUUGAAAAAUUUGUUCUGGCCUGAUGGGACUAGCCGCAUUGAUGAGUGCUUUGGGGAUGUCUUGACAUUUGAUUCGACUUACAAUAGGAAUGUCUACAAUAAACCACUUGUGAUAUUUUUUGGUAGCAAUCAUCAUGGGCAGACCAUCGUAUUUGGUUGUGGUCUUCUUGUUAAAAAGGAUAUUGGUUCAUACAAGUGGCUCUUGGAAACUUUUUGGGAAGCAAUGGGAAGUAAACACCCUACGGCAGUUGUCACCGAUGGAGAUCUUUCAAUGAGAGAAGCAAUUAAACAUGUCUUUCCUUAUGCAACACAUCGACUAUGUGCAUGGAACUUACAUAGGAAUACAUGCGAAAAGGUUAAGAACAGUGGAUUUCUAAAGAACUUCAAGCAAUUGAUUUAUGCCAAUGUGAGUGUUGAAGAGUUCCAGGUCAUGUGGGAAGACAUGGUGGUCAGGUAUAACUUAUCAAGCAACUCUUGGGUCGUCCAAACCUAUGAGAUGAGGAAUCUAUGGGCUCUUGCAUAUUUGAGGGACCAGUUUUUUGUGCGAAUCAGGACAACAUCCCAGUGUGAAGGGAUUAACUCUCUAAUAAAAGCAUAUGUGAGAAAGAAAGAUACCCUUCUUGAAUUCAUCAAUAACAUGGAGACCGUGGUUAGCCAUUACAGGAACAAUGAAAGAGUCGCAGAGUUCAACAGUAAAUAUACCAAACCCGUACUUGUGACUUCUUUGCCGACACUUGAAGAUUUUACUGCAAAGACUUUCACUCGUAACAUGUUCCGGGAGGUCAGAAAGGAAAUUGAGGGUGCUUGUGCAAUGAAUACAGAGUUGGUAAUUCAGGAUGGUGGAAAACUAUACUUCAAGUGUAACAGUUUUGGAGUGCCAAAGAUUGAUCACGUGGUUGAGUUUGACAGAGUUGGGGGGAUGCUUCGUUGCGAGUGUCUGUGGUUCGAAACUAGAGGAAUUCCCUACAUGCACAUAUUCGCCUGCCUAAAGCACCAACACGUUGAAGUUAUUCCAGAGCGCUUAGUGUGCAAGCGUUGGACAAAGAAUGCCAAGAGUGACUUCAUGAAGUCAAAUGUCGAUGAUCCAAGUGAUUCUGAUAAGGUACUAAAGUGUCGUUUUGGUGUGUUGGGUGCUGAAUGUUCUAGGAUGAUGGAUUUGUCCUGUAAGAACUUAAGUGAUUUUGUCGAAACAAUGAAUAGUGUUGUCGACACAAUUACAAAACUCCAAAAGCGAGGUGAAAAUCCAUGCAACGCUAACUUAGAUGAUGAUUACGUUGGUGACCCAUUGGUGGUGAAGAGUAAAGGAGCUCCCAAGAAAAACUCAAAAUUCAAGCAACAGAGAAAGUGUUCAAACUGCGUGUGACAGGGCACUACAACAAAAGUUGUCAUAAUGCUCCUGGUAGAAUCCCAAAGGAGCCAAUAGACGAUGAUACAGAAAAGAAUAUCAGCAGCAUCCUCCCUAAGCGCAAAAGACAUGACAGUGUAAAAAAUUAGAAUAAGAUGGAAAAAGAUAGGAACAUUGGUGGUGGAACAGCACCAACCUCAGCAGCUAAGUCGACUUCUAUUGAUCAAGUGAAAACAUCAAGUCUUGGUCCCAAUAUCCCGGUUUGUGCAUCUACAAGUAACGAAGAGUCUGUGAUGGGUUCCAGACCAGCUGAGUCUUCUGUUGUGGCCCUUGAAACAGGAAUGGCAGAUUGAAGAUGCUUCAGAUUUUUGGAUGAUUGUUUAUUUCGUUCCAUUUACUAAUUACCUUUUAUUGAUGAUUUGUAUAGUUUGCAUUUAUUGAUUGAGUUGACAUUUAUUGAACUAGGAAGAUUACGUCAUUUUGCUCAUUUACUAUUAAAUUUUUGAAAUUGCUUUUUGACUUAUUCUAUCAAUAAAAGAAUUUGAGCUUAAUUUUAGUUCA